AUGGCAGAUGGAACCCAAAUGGGCAAGUACCUUUACAUUGACAAUCAACCUUUCGGCCCAUCGGCCAAGUACUAUGACCACCACAAUAAAAAAAAAGGAGAAUCUAGUUCAAACGGCUUUCAAUAUUGCUCCUCUUUUGAAGCCUCUCUUACCGACUCCCUCAAGUCUACAUUUCUACGGCCCGUUCAAGACUGA